AUGGCGGCGAGUCAGGGAGGCGGUGGGAACAGUGGGGGCGGCGGCUGCGGUGGAGGUGGAAGUGGCAGUGGCGGUGGAGCGGCUGGAGGAGGAGGAGGUGGUGGUGGAGGAGGAGGUGGCGGGGCCGGGGCGGGAGGAGGUGGUGGCUGUGGCGGGACCGUGGCGGUGCCCAUCCCGGUACCGACUCUUUUCGGUCAGCCUUUCCCCAAUGGGCCCCAGUGGCACCCGGGGAGCUUGCAGCCUCAGCACACGGUGAGGAGCCUGGACCGGGCCCUGGAGGAGGCGGGGAACUCUGGCAUCCUGAGCCUCAGUGGCAGGAAACUCAGAGACUUCCCAGGCAGCGGCUACGACCUGACGGACACCACCCAAGCAGAUCUUUCCAGAAAUCGCUUUACAGAAAUUCCUUCAGAUGUGUGGUUAUUUGCACCACUUGAAACAUUAAACCUAUAUCAUAAUUGUAUCAAAACCAUUCCUGAAGCCAUUAAGAAUUUGCAGAUGUUAACAUACCUUAACAUUAGUCGAAAUCUUUUAUCAACAUUGCCAAAAUACUUAUUUGACCUACCACUUAAAGUUUUGGUCGUCAGCAAUAAUAAGCUGGUAUCCAUUCCAGAAGAAAUUGGAAAGUUAAAAGAUUUGAUGGAGCUGGAUAUUAGCUGCAAUGAAAUUCAGGUCCUUCCCCAACAAAUGGGAAAAUUACAUUCACUUAAAGAGCUAAAUAUAAGAAGAAAUAAUCUCCAUGUUUUGCCAGAUGAAUUAGGAGAUCUUCCCUUAGUCAAGUUGGAUUUCUCCUGUAAUAAAGUGACUGAAAUUCCUGUUUGCUAUAGGAAGCUGCACCAUUUACAAGUAAUAAUUUUGGAUAACAAUCCAUUGCAAGUACCGCCAGCACAGAUAUGCUUAAAGGGUAAAGUACAUAUAUUUAAGUACUUAAAUAUACAAGCAUGUUGUAGAAUGGAUAAGAAACCAGAUUCCCUGGAUCUUCCAUCACUGAGUAAAAGAAUGCCUUCUCAGCCCCUCACAGACAGUAUGGAAGAUUUUUAUCCAAAUAAAAAUCAUGGCCCUGACUCUGGAAUUGGAAGUGAUAAUGGAGAGAAGCGAUUGUCUACAACUGAACCAUCGGAUGAUGAUACAAUCAGUCUUCACUCUCAAGUCUCAGAAUCGAAUAGAGAGCAAACGUCAAGAAAUGAGAGUCAUCUAAUAGGAAGCAAGCCUGAUUCGCAGAAAGACCAGGAAGUAUAUGAUUUUAUUGAUCCCAACACAGAAGAUGUAGCAGUUCCUGAACAAGGAGAUACACAUAUUGGAUCAUUUGUCUCUUUCCUUAAGGGGAAAGAAAAAUGUUCUGAAAAAUCUCAGAAAAUUGAAGAACUGGGAAAUGAAAAAAAACUUGACAAAGAACAGUUACUUCCAGAGGAAGAUGAUGAUGAUUUGAAAGAAGUAACUGAUUUGAGGAAGAUAGCUGCUCAGUUAUUGAAGCAAGAACAGAAGAACAGAUGGAGGCCUUUAAGUUAUAGAACAUCAUUCAGUGACAAACUCUUCCAGAGGACCAGAGCAGCAGGACGGAAAUCAAGGAUUCUUAAUCACUCAACUUCUGUCAUGAGAAAUAAGCUGAAACAAACUGUGGAAUGUGAAAAGAGUGUCUCAGCAGAUGAAGGGAAUUCACCAUUAUCACCCCUCGCAUGGCAGCCAUUAGAAAAUCAGAAGGAUCAAAUAGUUGAACAACAGUGGCCAGAAUCUCAGCCUAUAAUCUGGCAAAAUGAAGAAAGGAGACGGAGUAAGCAGAUCAGAAAAGAAUAUUUCAAGUACAAAUCAGCGAGGAAGAAUUCAAGUGGCAAUGAAAAUGAGGAGGAAUAUGACAGGACUGAUGGUUUUUCACAUGGUCCCUUUGGCUUGAAGCCUAGAUCAGCCUUUAGUCGUGCAUCUCGGCAAGAAUAUGGGGCAGCAGAUCCAGGGUUUACAAUGAGAAGAAAGAUGGAGCAUUUACGGGAAGAGCGUGAACAGAUACGGCAGCUUCGCAAUAAUCUUGAGUCCAGAUUAAAAGUAAUUCUGCCUGAUGACAUAGGAGCUGCACUGAUGGAUGGGGUUGUUCUUUGCCACUUGGCCAAUCACAUAAGACCACGCUCUGUAGCUAGUAUUCAUGUACCAUCACCAGCAGUGCCCAAGCUGAGCAUGGCAAAAUGUCGAAGAAAUGUAGAAAAUUUUCUUGAUGCUUGCAAAAAGUUGGGUGUUUCCCAGGAGAGACUCUGCUUGCCUCACCAUAUUUUGGAAGAACGAGGGCUUGUGAAAGUUGGUGUUACGGUUCAGGCACUCCUUGAAUUGCCUACUACCAAGGCAUCUCAGCUUUCUAUGGCUUGA